CCGUGAUGUCACGAGUCAGUAACUGUUGAAACUUAACACCACCAGCUGGUUGGAGUUUUCUUGGGGUGAACACGGGUCCACUUGCAUCAGUGCAAGUUAAGGCACAUAACUGGAACCGCCGCCUGGAGGUAAAGACGCACAGGAGUGAAUCUGCUGUUUGCGUUGGAGACCAAGACGAAGCCUUCUCGCCCGUAUACCCCUCGCAGGGCAGGCUCUUUAAAACUCAGCCGCAGACCGACUUGUCCCUCUCCAAGCCAUCUUUCUCCCCCUUUUUUCCUUUCUUUCUGUGCAUCUGCUGCGCAUCUUCCACUUUGGAUUGAACCAGCCUGAUUACUGCGCGCCGCAGAGCGCACUGUGUAUGUGAGGCUCGGCUGUGAAGAAGUGGGAGAGAUCUCUCCUCCGGACUGCAGUGCGAUGAGGACAUUCUGAGGUGGCAGCACUUCUCCGUCCAACUUUUGCGCCCUCCUUUGGCUCUCACCAAAGGGUUAGCCCAUGUGCAGGUAUUCUGUUUUCACCCAGAUCUCUGCUGCCUGGACAAAUGCAUACAAAUGCAUUUAGGAGCUCAACGGACAAGGAGUGGACACGUUUCCGCGGCAGCAACGUGGAACCUUCUCCUGCUCCUGUCAGUAUGCUCUGCAGUGCUCUCUGGAGAAGAAGAAUAUGUAGCUCAAGGAGUGGAUAUCCUCUCUCAGCUGGGCCUUACUGUUCAAAGCAGCACAGACAAUCACGACGAGAGGACGGCCCUGCCUUCGUCCACUCACACCAAAGUUCCUCUGCUUUUGAACACCCCGCUUUCUGGAUAUGGGGUGUUACUCGACUCAAACUCUUUUCAUGAGGUCCCGGCGAGCAGUGUGUUCUCCUCAGAUUUUGACAACGAGUUUUCAGUUGUGAUUAGCCUGAGCUCCUGGCGAGCGAACAACGCUUUUCUUUUCAGUAUCAAAGAUAGCAGGGACAGACUGUGCUUCGGUAUCCAGCUGCUGCCGCACAGAGUGGUGGUUUACACGUCUGACAAAGCCUCGCUCUACUUUUCCUACGACUGGCAGGAUGGCCUCCAGCAUCAUUUCGCUGUCGGCGUUCACGCACGCUCGGUAUCCUUCUACGCGGACUGUGGAGCGGUGCAGCAGCGGGAGCAAACCCUGGGGAGAUCUCAAGCACUGGGGGGAUCCGGGGGUCUCUUCACUCUGGGGAGGAUGAACUCAAAGGCAGCUUCAUUUCAUGGUCAAGUCUGCCAACUAGAUAUUUAUCCUUCAGCUCAAGCUGCUGCGCACUACUGCAACUACCUUAAAAAACACUGCCGGCUGGCCGACACUUAUCGAUUGCCUUUGACGCCUCCUGGUUUGGAUAUUGAGGCUAAUGACCCACCUUUUAACCCUGUGACAAAGUCCCUUCUUGAAGCAGCAGCUACUCUUCAUACUCCUAUCGAAGCUACAGCAGCUAAUGAAUUUUCCCCCAGUGGUUUGGUCACGCAGUAUUCAACGAUAAGCCCGUCGACAGAACCACACCUGCAGGAACAAAGCCACAUUUCUACAUUGGAGCCGUUAGCCAAUCACGGCACGGCCUCACUUCACCCUGACAACCCCACCUUUGCUUCGCCCAGUAAGCAACCAGUAUUGGAUCCUACCCAUAGUAUGACCAUCUCCACAACCACAACUGUGUUGGGAACAGGCGGUUUUCACUCUGAGAACAGCACCGACGAAGAGAACAGCUCCACAGACGCCUCCACAGGCCUGAUUUCCCCGGCCAGAGAAAGUGGAGUGAAGGACGGACUCAGGAACAACUCCAUCAACAGCUCGAGAGACUCCGGCCUCAAGCCGGAACAGUCUCGUCACACCUCGGAGACUCAUGUGAGGGCCAACGGCACCACUCUGUACAGGGAAAACCAGGUGGACGCUCUGGGAGAGCGCGGUACGGAUGGCAGCUACGAUGACCUCGACAUGGGGGGAUACGAUUAUGGAUAUGGGGAGUCAGACUUCUUCUACGACUACGAAGACGGUCUGCGUGGGUCCAAAGGAGAGCCAGGUCUUCCGGGUCCUCCAGGUCCUCCCGGCCUACCUGGUCCUCCUGGAGAGAGAGGCUCGAGGGGUCCUCUGGGUCCACGUGGAAACCCAGGACAGUCUGGACCUCCUGGGCCCAAGGGUCCAAAGGGAGACCCCGGGCUGUCUCCAGGCCAAGCUCCACGCGGGGAGAAGGGUGACAGAGGUCCACCUGGUCUGCCGGGACCGGAUGGAUUUCCAGGACCACUGGGUUCUAAAGGUUAUGCAGGGCCACCUGGAUCUCCAGGGGAACAAGGAAUACCAGGAGUUCUUGGGGAAGCUGGAGCUGCAGGUUACCCUGGCAGGCAGGGUUCUGCUGGGCCACAAGGUAUACCCGGGCCUAAAGGUGUUAACGGUUUUAUUGGGCCUCCUGGUGUUGCUGGGCCACCAGGGCUGGAAGGAGAGAAAGGCAUUCCUGGUCCUGCUGGAAAACGUGGCCCCAAAGGAAGACCCGGAGUGGUGGGUGAUGUAGGAGAAAGAGGACCUCCUGGUCCGGAUGGCAACGAGGGGCCUGUUGGUGGGAUCGGGAUUAGCGGCUUCCCUGGUCUGAGGGGGGAACCGGGGCCUGAGGGACCACGAGGGCUGCCCGGGAUGGGUGGACCUCAGGGCCCAGCGGGACGGGUUGGCCUGCCUGGAUUGAAAGGUGAUAAGGGUGAAGUGGGACAGAAAGGCGAGCCAGGAGAGAUGGGUUACCAAGGUGAUAAGGGUACUGUUGGUGCACCUGGUCCUCCUGGGCCCCUAGGGAAACCAGGACCCUUGGGUAGAAUUGGAGACCUAGGGCCACUUGGACCACCUGGGCCUCCAGGACCAGAGGGGUUUCCUGGGGACAUUGGAGUGCCAGGGCCCAACGGCCAGCUUGGAAUAAAGGGUGUGCAGGGUGCACUAGGGCCCCCAGGCCCCCAGGGGCCCAAAGGAACGGAGGGUGAGGAAGGACCACCCGGCCCACCUGGCAGUUCCGGUCCUACUGGGAGACCUGGAAGGAAAGGGUACGCAGGUGAACCUGGUCCUGAGGGUCUGAAGGGGGAGAAAGGAGACAUGGGAAAUGUUGGAAAAAUCGGACCCCAGGGUCCGGUAGGCCUAAUUGGGAUAGCUGGGGCGAUGGGAGUUCCUGGUGAAAAGGGCGACCGGGGACCAGCGGGUCCGACGGGUCCAGUCGGGGAGAAGGGGCCACAGGGUUAUCCAGGGACACCAGGAAGUCCAGGCGACAUCGGCAUGCAAGGUGCACUAGGUCCGCAGGGACAGAGGGGCGGUCCAGGCAUCGCUGGGCCAAAGGGCAGAAUGGGGCCCCUGGGACCAGAUGGAGCACCAGGGGAUCCAGGACCUCAGGGCACAAAGGCUGAAAAAGGUGGAGUUGGACCAAAAGGAAAACCAGGAUUCAUAGGGAAACCUGGUGGUCUAGGAGAGAGAGGCCCUUCUGGAAAACCUGGUAAAGCAGGCGUUCCAGGGAGCUCCGGGGGGAAGGGGCCUCAAGGUGAAGCCGGACCUAAAGGCCCCCCUGGAGAGCCUGGACCUGACGGAGAGCAGGGACUUGAAGGUGGUCCCGGUGGAGAGGGGGAGCUCGGCGCCGUCGGAGAGCCAGGGUUAAAGGGUGACAUAGGGGCUCCAGGAGCUGAAGGGGAACAGGGACAGGAGGGAAUCAGAGGGCGUCCUGGACCCCCUGGUGAAGAUGGCUCUCAAGGAAAAGAUGGAACCAAGGGCGAGCCUGGUGACCCGGGGCCAGCUGGGGAGCCGGGGGACAAAGGGAUAGAAGGAGAUCCUGGGCCCCAAGGAUCUGCUGGGAUGCCUGGAAAACAAGGCUUUCGUGGCCUAGAAGGAAAAUUGGGGUCCCCUGGAACUCGAGGAAAGCACGGAAAGAAGGGAGAGAAGGGCGCUUCGGGACUUCUUGGUGAAAUUGGCUCUCGAGGAGAACAAGGCCAGUCCGGAGAGCCAGGGCUCAAAGGUGCCAGGGGAACUCGAGGCCCACCCGGUCAACCUGGAGUCAUGGGGAUGGAGGGACAUCCAGGGCCAGCAGGAUACCCAGGGCACGCUGGCAAGUCCGGGCCCAUUGGACCACCGGGGCCUAAAGGUGAAAAGGGUUAUUCAGGCGAGGGAAAUCAGACUCCAGGACCACCAGGGCCCUUAGGUGAACCAGGGCCUCCAGGAGAACGAGGAGAGCGUGGAGAGCCAGGGGAUGAAGGAUAUCAGGGCCACGUUGGUACUGUUGGAUCUCGUGGGCUAGUUGGACCACAAGGACCACCGGGAUCACCUGGUGAGCCUGGAGAGCCAGGUGCUAAAGGAGAAACAGGAGCUCCAGGUUCAGCCGGAAAGAAAGGAGUGACAGGUCUGACUGGAUCCCCUGGCAUUGAAGGUCCAGUUGGCUUUCCAGGACUCAGGGGAUUGAUGGGUUAUCCCGGGCCAGACGGUCCUCCAGGACUGACCGGCUUACAAGGCCUACCUGGAAUACAAGGACGACAGGGUCAGAGAGGUUUGCUGGGACAGGAGGGACCAGCUGGACGUCCAGGCCCCAGGGGAGACAUCGGACUUCCUGGAACACCUGGAGAGUUGGGCCCAGCUGGACAGAAGGGAGAACCUGGGCUGCCGGGAGACAGGGGGGCCUCUGGGAUCAAAGGCGUGGAGGGGUCUGCAGGUGACCAGGGCAAGAAAGGCAGCGUGGGACCCAAAGGACAACCAGGCCAAUCUGGUGAUGUUGGGAUGGUUGGCUUACAGGGUUUUCCAGGACCAAAGGGGCCUAAUGGAGACUUGGGGCUUAAAGGCUUCUCUGGCCCCAAAGGACCUUUGGGUACUCUGGGGCUCACAGGACCUGUAGGCCCCGAAGGGAUGAUUGGCCCGCUGGGAAAACCAGGCCUAAGAGGUCCAAAGGGAGGCAAUGGAGAAAUGGGGCCUCAAGGACCACACGGAAGUCCAGGACCCAGAGGACCCCCUGGUGCUCCCGGUCCAGCGAAGCACGUUUACAUCGACUCAGCAGUCUACAGUCCAUCUGACUCCAGCGCCGCUCUCAGGAUGGAGACUUUCCAGAACACGGAGAUGUCAUUCCCCGACCAGAACACAGAGAUACUUAAAACUCUGCAUUACCUGAGCAGCGUGAUCGAGAGCAUCAAGAAGCCCCUGGGCACGAGGGAGAACCCGGCUCGGGUCUGUAAAGACCUGCUCAACUGUCAGCACAAACUCAAAGACGAUUGGUUCUGGAUUGAUCCCAACCUGGGCUGCACCUCUGACGCCUUCAAGGUCUUCUGCAACUUCACUGCAGGGGGACAGACUUGUUUACAUCCAGUUGCCUCCGACAAGAUGGCGUUUGACGUAGGGAACGUCCAAAUGAAGUUUCUCCAUUUACUGAGCUCUGAGGCGACCCAGGGCAUCACGCUCCACUGCCGAAACAAUCCACUCUCCAUCACCAAAGACCACUUCAGCUCCAGUGGAAGCAGGGAGGAGAGCCGGCUGCGCUUUCUUGGCUGGAACAAACAUGUGUUUGAGAAAGACACGCUACUUGAACCACACGUGCUGCAUGACGAAUGCAAGAUCCAGGAUGGCAGCUGGCACCAGUCUCGUUUCUUCUUCCACACUCAGGACAGUUGCCAGCUCCCCAUCGUGGACAUCCGAGAAUUUCCCGCUUCGACUCCCAGCAGCCAGCAACACCUGGAAACGGGUCCGGUCUGCUUCCUCUGACACCAACGUCGUCCUGCAACCUGGUCACACCAACCACUCAACCCUACGGAUGUUGUAACACAUCUGGUUUUAUAUCUGUGAGGCUCCCGCUGCGGCAGAGCUCGUUGUCUCGGCGUGCUCGGCGUGCAAGCGCAGGCAGACCUACAUGAAAGAGCUCUGCAGGACAUUCAGGCCAAGAGGGCGAAAGCAGUUUAUCAAUUAAAUGAGUAAAGUGUGGUUUGUUUUUAUUUUAUUUUAUUUUAUUUUAUUUUCUUAUGGUGCUUAGGUUCACUGCAUAUGGACCCGUGUUACUCCCUGAUCCCAGGGUAGGGGCCCAAACUCACGCCUCCCCUUUCACCCUUUCCCCCUGCACACACUUUCACCACCCUGAGCUCAGCCAGAAGGAUCGUGCCAGGGCUCCGCACAGGGCACUAUCUAACUAAAGGUUAAUACACGUGCAAUGGCGUGCACAAAAUGCGUGACUGCUUGUUAUUUUUGUCCGCGGUCCCGUCCAGUCGGACCUGUACAUCUUGACAGAUGGUGCUCUACCUCUACAUGGUUAUUUGCUUUCUAAAAUAGUUGCUUCUGCCAAUGCGUCGUUUUUUUGACUUUGCGUUGUACGUAUGUACCGGUUACAUCAAGACGUGUUAUGUUGUAUGAAUACUUAUUAUGAUUUGGUCAUUUCUAAUUUAUGAACCAAUUUUUUUUAAUUUUUUUUUUGAUACACCACAUAUUUUUGUAGCAUUUCAUGUUCAUGGUAGGUUCACAAAUCUCCCACUGGUGCUACAGCAGAGAAUAAGUCAUCGAUAUUUCCUGUGUAUAUAUUGACAGUAUAUUGUAUGUUUAUUUAUAAUCUUUUUUUCACAUUACUGUACCACAGUAAGUUAUACUCUCAGAGAACUGUUUGUCCAACCACAACUCAGUCUAAUGAAUAUUUAUGUUUAAUCGAUGCGUUUUUGAGCUCAUACCUGUGACUCUUCAUCAAACUUUUCUCAGUUUCUCAGUUCAUUCCGAGGUGGUUUGUUUACUGGCAGCUACAUUAGGCCAGAUUCAGAAAACAUACGAGACUGUCACCAUAUUCUUAAGUUAUAUUACCUUAAAUAAUAUUAUAUAAAGUUUGUGGAGGAAAACAUUGGAUGCAAAUGUGUAAAUAAAAAAAAUAAAAAAAUAGUUUUACAAACAAAUAAAU